AUACUUAAUAGCUGUAAAUAGUUGUUAAUAAUAUAAUACCUAUACAGAGUUCCUUGUACGUAAUCCUACCCUGUGGGUCCUCUACCCUCGCAGGGAGCGGCUGGAAGCGCAGGCGGAGCGUGAGAUGCACAGGGUGAUGAUGAACCCGGUGGGGCACAACCACAGCCGCGACUCGGCGAUCGACGCCGACCUGCAGGAGUGGGAGACGGAGACGCUCGAGUUCAACAUGGAUGUCACGGACGGAUCGCACGUUGGCUUUGAUGUCGUCGGCGGACGCGACGACCCGCAGAGCCCCAACGACCCGUCACUGUUCGUCAGUCACGUCAGGCCAGGGGGCGCCGCCGACAGCAAGCUCAGGGUGAACGACUGCCUCGUGCGCGUCAACAACGUCGACCUGAUGAGCGUCGACCAGAAGAUGGCGCUGCAGGCGGUGCGCAGCUGCGGCGGACUCGUCAACCUUGUGGUGAGGCGUCGCCGUGCCAACAACGCCCGCCUGCUGCACUCCGUCUCCCUGCAUCUCAGCGACUCGAAAGACGUGGGACUGGACGUGGAGUCGGGAUUCUACGUUAGCAAGAUCACGCUCUCCUCCCUCGCCGCGAAGGAAGGAAGCAUUGCCAUCGGCGUCCGCAUCGUGCUGAGUACUGUCCCGUUCAGACACUCUCCCCUACGAGCGACACGGCCGAGGCCUCGACCAACGGCUGUCGCCGCCGCGACGACGCGGAGAGCGAACGGCAGCGUCGAGCGCCACCUCGGCAAGGUGCCGAUCGCGCGGCCCGGUGCGGGGCUCGCCAGGCGGGCCGGCCGCGCGCGCGAUGAUGCCGUCGUGUGUCCCGAUUUUGAAGCUGUGCUUGUGCUGAUUGUCAUCAUCGCUCUUAACGUCAUGAUGCAUUACUGUGUCACCUUUACGUAUUGGUCCGUCUACGAUCUGCAUUACUUGUGUCAACCUUACGUCAUCAUGCAUUACUGUGUCACCUUUACCGUCGCAUCCUGCAUUACUGUUGUACCUUACCGCAUCAUCAAAUCUGGUGCACCUAGAUCAUCGAUGUCAUAG